AUGGCCUUCUCCAAUUUUUUGACUGUGUCUGAUAAGAUUAAUGAUGACUUGAACCAGCCUGCAAAAGCCAAUGAAGUUGAGAGGGUGGAGUGUCGCUGCUGUGGAAUGUCAGAGGACUGCACCCCGACCUACAUUCGCCGUAUCCGAGAAUUCCAUUGCGGCAAUUGGAUCUGUGGGCUUUGCGCAGAGGCAGUGAAGGAGAAAAAGAAGAGAGCUCCAUCAAUGGCGAUGGAAGAAGCGUUGGAGUCCCAUAUGGCUCUCUGUAGGCAGUUCAACAGGACAGUCAGGCUCAAUCCAGAGCUUUCUUUGGUUGGCGCAAUGAGGGAUAUAGCAAGGAAGAGCUUCCAAUACAGGGCUUCCCAUGGCUCCUAUGCACCAAAGAUUGCAAGGUCCAGCAGCUGUGGGCCUAAGGCCAAAGCCGAGAUCGGAAGCUCAUCGAUCCAGUGA